AUGCGUACAGUCCAGUCCUGGUGGGAGCUGGUGUACAAAGCGGUGACGGGAGGACCGUUUGGAGCGUAUGAAUUAUUUUAUUCCAACAGCACUCGUAACACCAACAAUCUUGCAGUCCAACAAUUGACCAAUCAGGUUCUAGACCACUAUAAAUCUGAGGUCCUGAAUAACUGGCAGAGUAAUGGUAUAUCUAAGAUCAGAGUUUCAUACUAUUCUGGGGAUACAGAGGCUCAGUACUUUGUUUUUAACGCAACCGGAGCAACAAAGACAGACUGGUUAAGUCGCUAUAGAAUAUUAGAGACGAGCUAUGACAUCUCUGCAUUUGCCGGAACAACUGGAAAACCAGGAGAAUAUUUUAGUAUAGAUGGUGAUAUAGCUCCUCCCGUAAUUAAGCGCAAUUUCUACAUUAGUGAGGGAUAUUACGGAUGUCCCUCUGACCAGGGAUGGGCCAUGAUGAUAGACGGACCUGGACCCUGUCCUAUGGACUGGGUGACCACCACAACUAUUCACUAUGUCAAUACCACAUCCCAUUCCCUCAUGCCUGGGCUGACUGCAGAUUUCAUGGCCAUUUUUGUGGAGAGAGGUAUUUGUCUGGGAAAAAGCGCCCAAACAGAUAAUAAGAAUCAACAGAUAGCAAAUCAAACAACUGACAUAGAACAGAGAAUAUACGAAAUCAAGACAAACCUCACCGUUCCUGUCAAUUCUACGUCACAAUACAUACGAAGCAAAACAUGCGCAGAAGAUGACAGGAUGUCGUCACGAGCUAUCGGAAGUGUGCUUGGAGCAGGUCUUUUAUCGUUUCUUGCUAUUUUCAUUUUGUUUUCGGAUGUCUUAAGGGUCUGCCGUUAUUUCACAAAAUGGAUAAAUGCAAUCUGCACUAAAAACAGAAGUAAAAGGAAUUCUUGA